AUGGCGGCUAAUAAUCAACAAUUCGGUAGUAGAAACGACAACCCCCCACAAAGGGUAAACGAGGUAAGUACUUCGAUUGAUGAACGUUUAGAUAAACUUACUUCUCUUGUUGAAAAAUUUAUAGGGGGAAGCAUUCAACAAGUCAAAACUUGUGGGAUAUGUACAUAUUCGGGACAUUACACCGAUGCUUGUCCUACACUUCACGAAGAAUCAACCGAACAUGCUGACACUGUCGGUGGAUUUUUUGGGCAACAACAAAGGAGACAUGACCCAUUUUUCAAUACCUACAACCCUGGAUGGAGAGAUCACCCAAAUUUGAGGUAUGACAAUCAACCUCAAAACUUUCAAAGAGUUCCACACCAACCACCACCACCACCACCUCAAACCAAUCCCAAUAAUGGUACGCCCUUGGAGGAUAUCGUGAAGACACUCGCCUUGAGCACCCAACAAUUCCAACAAGAAACUCGCUUGAGCAUACAAAAUUUGGAAUCUCAAAUGAGCCAUCUGGCCUCCUCCGUUAGCCGUUUGGAGUCUCAAGGUAAGUUUUCCUCCCAAACUAUUAUUAAUCCUAAACAAAAUGUUAGUGCUAUUACCUUGUGCAGUGAAAAAGAGCUACAACUCGAAAAUAGCACUAGGCGUGGGCACGCACAACAGGGCAAAACAGAGGAUGCAUUCGAAAUUCCUCCAAAAGAAAUUGAAAAACCCAACCAAGUCAGCGAGGACAAUUCCAAGGUGUUCAUGUCCAAACCCCCCUUCCCAGAGAGAUUAUCCAAGUCCAAAGAGGAGGAAGAGGAAAAGGAGAUUCUUGAAACUUUACUCAAAGUUGAGGUAAAUAUUCCCCUACUUAAUGCAAUUAAACAAGUACCUCGCUAUGCAAAAUUUCUCAAGGAAUUGUGCACCAACAAAUCCAAAUUGAGAGAUAAUGAAAGGGUAAGUAUGGUAGAAAAUGUAUCUGCCAUUUUUCAACAAAAACUACCUCCUAAAUGCAAUAAUCCAGAUACGUUUUCUAUCCCUUGCAAAAUUGGAAAGAUUGGAAUAGAAAAAGCAAUGUGUGAUUUGGGUGCUUCUAUCAAUAUUAUGCCUCUUACCAUUUAUGAAUCUUUAAAUGUUGGCCCAUUGAAAAAAACGGGGGUUAUUCUUCAACUUGCUGAUCAUUCCGUAGUUUACCCCAAAGGAGUUCUUGAGGAUGUACUUGUGCAAGUUAAUGAAUUGGUUUUUCCUGUUGAUUUUUAUGUGCUUGAUAUAAGGGGGGAUAUUUCUCCUAAUUCUACAUCCAUCUUGCUAGGAAGACCAUUUCUUAAAACCUCAAAAACCAAAAUUGAUGUUGAUGCCGGAAUUCUCUCUAUGGAAUUUGAUAAUGAGAACUUGCUUUGA